AUGCCACAUCUAUAUACAUUUCACUUCGAUAUUGUUACUGAAUAUGUCAGCAUUAAUGAGCAACAACCUAAGUCAACACCUGAUGAUAUUCGACCUACAUUCACGGAAAGAGGAUAUCAUGUUGAUUGUUAUAUCGACUAUGAAUUUUAUAAUUCAGGUCGAUGUCAUGUUUAUUCACUUCCAUUCCAUACGAAACGCAUGUGUCAUAUAAUGCACAGUUUUGCUGGUGGUAUGUUCAUCAAUGUUCGUGUUCUGCGUAUGAAGGACGAUUUCUAUCCAUUCAAACAUAAGUUUUCUGCUCAAAUUUCACGUUCAUUUCCAUUACUCAGUCGUCUGAUGGUUUCCAAUGCUGCUUUUCUUUUACCAAUUAUUUCAAAUUUAAUUGAAUAUUAUUCAAAUGAAUUACAUGAUAAACAUGAUCCACCGUCACCUCUUUGUCUUAUUCUUUCACCUACACGUGAACUUGCUUUACAAACAGAACGUGAAGCAAGAAAAUUUGCAUAUCAAACUGCUGUAAUACUUUAUAGGUUCUGCUGUUGGUGUGGUCAUGAUAUGUUUGAUAUUUGCCAUCGUCUUCGAGAAGGUUGUCAUAUUCUAUCAGCUCCUACCGGUCGUCUUAAAGAUAUGCUUGAAAAACACAGAAUUUCAUUAACAAAAGUGAAAUAUUUCGUUCUUGAUCAAACCAAUCAGUCUGAAAAAAAACUUCUCUUAUUUAGUUCAAUUUCAUUAUUAGCUCAACAUUUUAUACGUAGUAAUUAUAUCUUUCUUGUUGUUGGUAAACCUGAUGCUACUAAUGAAGAUAUAGCGCAAACUAUUGAAGAAGUGCCAAAUGCAUUUGAAAAAGAUCACCUUUUUCAAUUACUUGAACAAAAUCUUAAAUCUGAACGUUGUUUAAUAUUUGUUGAAACAAAUUGA